AUGAUCGAGGCAUCUAGCAGCUACGCGCAGAGCGCGUUCGUAGCAACGGUCAAGAUAGGAGCAAGCAUCGAUCUUGAAGGCAGGCAAUGUGUUCCCCGGGUUCGAGGUGUCGAACAUUUGGGCGCCGGCUUCAACUGGGUACAACUCAUCGGGCGCUCUCUAUCCGUUUUGCUCGAACUGGGCGCGUUGGCGGUUGUUUCGUGGCUAUAUAGCUACUGGCAAGACGAGCCGACAGCAAGAGUAGACGUGCUGGUCCCGUCUUUCUUCCCGAUUGUGUUUGGAGUGUUGGCAGAUACGUACGAGAUAGUAUCGAUACUAUUCUUCAUUCGCAAGCGUGCUAUCAACGCCGUCGCCACUUUCUUCGACAUCGCCCUUAUUGGUGCUGGUAUUUUCGCCUUCUUGGUCCUGGGUAUGGUGGACAGAGGUGUUGGGGAGCGACGGAAGCACUGGGCAAUGGACAUGAAGAAUGCCAUGUAUUUUAUGAUUGCCUACUGCAUCGUCCACGCAGGGUUUAUUGUUUUAGCUGCCUCCGGAAUGGUAAAAAUUUAUCUUGUCACAAACAGGUCACAGAGAGAUUCACAGGUAGAAAAAAGCCAAGUGAAGAUGGUGGAAUUCAGCGAGGGACAAGAUCAACCGCCAAGUCAACCUCGAUUAGCAUAG